AUGAAAGCACUAGAAGUCAUUGAAGCUGAAUUAUUAAAAAUCCCAGCGCGACCACCAGACCUAAACCCCAUAGAAAAUAUUUUCCAUAUUGUCAAACGUGAUCUACGUGAAGAAGCUGUGAACAAACAUAUAGAAUCAGAAAAUUUUUCUGAAUUUCGCGAAAGAGUGGUGGGUGCCUUGAAACGUAUUCCAUGUGAUAUAAUUGAUAAAACAAUUGCAAGCUUGUCAAAGCGUGUUGAUGCAGUAAUCGAAUCUGGCGGCUACCGAACUAAAUAUUAA